GCAAAAGCCACGGCCCUACCGGAUGAUGAUGAGCUGCUGGAUUCUCUGGCUGCUGACGCCUACUGCUUCGGGAUUGAUGGCAGGAUCUACUUUGCACCUACGAUGAGCACUUUUUACAGCGACUAUCACCAGCUGCAAGAGCGCUUCCCCCAUCUGACGUGGACGGGCAAUCCUGAUCGACCAACACUUGAGGUAAUUGGGGCCUUGGUCUUCGAUACCAACAGCAAGGAGCUUUCAGCAGUACUUGACAAUCAUGCGUCUGACUUGUACUCGUUCGGCAGUAUUGCUGCCGCUCCCAACGGAAAGCUUUACUCACCACCUGAUGCGGGGGAUUGCGUCGCAGUGCUUGACCCGGGAACUUGUAGUUUUGAUUUCCUGCACAUUGACGGUCCGCCUGGAGACGGAACGUGGACAGGUAUUGCAUCAAUCGCAGAUGGCUACAUGUACUGUUCACCUGCGUCUGGCAGAAAGGUGUUGGUCAUUGAUUCCAAUAAGAGCAGGCUGCACACCAUCUACGAUGAAGAGCUCAUGGACACCUGUGAAACUGACAGCUGGGGCGAGCAUCACACCCACUGGAGUGGCAUUGCGGCCGCACACAAUUCCAAGCUGUACUGCUCGCCUCGCGAUGCCACCCGUGUUUUAGUGAUCGAUGCCAACACCUGGGAGUUGUCUACCAUUGAUAUCGGUACUGAUGUGAACCCGGACAUGAUGAACAAGUGGUCUGGCAUUUGUCUUGCCGAUGACGGUCGUCUCUACUGUUCGCCAUGCUGUGCACACACUGUGCUGGUCAUUGAUCCC